GUUUAGUGGCCCGCCCCCUGCCACUGCUCUGACUCUGCAGAGACUUUACGAUUGGCUGCACAGAAGUCCUCCACGCUAACCACUGUAUCCUGACGAUCGAUUCAUGAUUAAUAACCAUAAGCAAGAGGCUCAUGUGAAACGGGUUUAUGUAUGUGGCUGCUCUUCACCUUUUGCCUUUUUAUGAGGACUGAGCUGAGGUGCUUCUUCUACUGCCUACUCAACAUCCUGCUCAUCCUUCUAUGGGCGCAGAUUGAAGUGCAACAUCCUGUCCCAGUGAAGUAACGUGGUGAAAACAAGAUGCCAGCCCCGCCUCCUCCACCUCCCCCUGGGCCUCCACCCCCUCCCACACUGGCUCUGGCCAACACAGAGAAGCCCACCCUAAACCGUUCUGAACAACAUGGAAGGAAUGCUCUCUUAACAGAUAUUUGCAAAGGUGCCAGAUUGAAGAAAACUGUCACCAAUGACCGCAGUGCUCCUUCACUUGACAAGCCUAAAGCAGGAGGUGGUGGAGGAUCCGGAGGUAGCGGAGGUGGAGGUGGAGGGGGGUUUGGUGGAGGCGGGCCUGCCGGACUUGGAGGCCUCUUCGCAGGCGGGAUGCCAAAGCUGAGGUCUUCAGGAAACAGAGACACCACUGAUUCGGCUCCCAGUAGAGCACCUAUUCUACCACCAGGUGGCCGGCCCUCUGGUCCCUCUUUUGGGUCAGGGGCAGGGUCUAGUGGUCCCCCUAAACUUCCUGGAGCUCCUUCUGGUUUGAGAAACAAUGCCCCUGAGCUCCCCAAAGGCCGGCCUAAUUUCCCCAGACAGGAGAGUCCUGGUGGGCCUCCUCCGGUCCCAAACACCCCCAGACCCAACCAGAGCCCUUCUUCUCGCCCAGGCCCCCCUCCCCCUUCACUUCCUGCCAGCCCCAGACCCACUUCCUCCUCUGGACCUGCUCCACCUCCAGGCAGGCAUGGACCUCUUCCACCUCCUCCUCCAAUGGGAUCAAGGACAGGCCAUUCAGCCCCCCCUCCAAUGUCAAAUGGGACCCGUCCACCACUACCUCUAGGCGGGAGGCCCCCAUUUCCUGAUGAGAGACCCCCUCCACCACCAGCGCCUGCGAGUAUGAGUCGUCCUGCUAUGCCUCGUGACGUUCCUCCUCCUCCUCCCCCUUCUGUCAACUCCAAACCCUCUCCAGUUUCCUCAUCACCAUCAUCCCGGUCUCCUGCUGGAGGCGGAGCACCUCCACUGCCCCCAGGUCGACCGGGCCCCCCCCCUCUCCCUCCCACCCCACCUGUUGGAGAUGACCACAGCACUCCACGCCUGCCCCAGAGGAACACCUCUCUCAGCAGUCUUUCCUCGGCUCCGCCACACCGACCAGGACCCCUACCACCACCUCCCAAUGAGAGACCACCAUCUCUGGGACGGAGCCAGUCUUCAAUACGCUCAGGACCUCUUCCUCCCCCUCCUCCAUCCAACCGUGAGGGCAGUAGGAGAUCGUCAGCAGCCCCUCCACCAGUAGGACGUCCUGGGCCAGAACCUCCUCGAAGUGGGCUUGGUGGUCGACCACCUCUUCCUCCAGACAGACCCGGAACAGGGCCCCUACCACCUCCUCCUCCAAUAGGCAAUGGUUUUCAAAACUCUCAUCACAACCAAAUACAGGAUGAAUGGGAGUCUCGUUUCACUUUCCACCCAGUGUCAGACCUCCCUCACCCGGAGCCUUAUGUGCCCUUUCAGAAGACUUAUCCAAGCAAACUUGCCAAGAACGAAGCCAGGGGGUCUGGUAAGAAGGAACGAGGGGCACCUCCUCUUCCUCCUAUUCCGAGGUGAAGAAAGCAGGAUGCUCUCAUCCAUCUACUCCCUUCUUCUUUUUUCCUCUUUCAGUUUUGCUUCUUGUUCAUUGGCCCAUAUCUGUGGCCAGUCUUGGAUCUGACUGUUACCCAAGUAAGGGUUGACUUUACUCAAAGUGCCUCUGCUGCAGCGAAUAGUAGCACAUAAACACCCAAAGCCAUUCUACUUCCUGUUACACUGUCUUCAUCCACAAGGCAUUUGGCAUUGUUAAGUGUGUGUUUUUGUUCUACAAAAGACAUUACCACAGCACUGAAAUGCUAAGACUGUUUCCUCCAAGACAUUUGUAUUGCUCUUUUGCCUAAAAUGGAUUGUGCAAUCCAGAAAUGUACCUACAAGAAUGCUGCAUAUUAUAUUUCCCAUUUUAAAAAUAAAAAAUGCUAAUUAUUACACAGGUACUGUUCCGAAGUGCUAACGAGGAUGUCAAAAACAAAGGUGACCUAUAUUUUGUGUCCCUGCUCGCCCAGUUUUGCCUUGUCUGAAGAAUGUAAUUUCAGGUUUGUUUUUAGUCGAAGAAAUGAAGCUGGUCUGACUUUUUGUGCCUUAUGUUUGUGGUUUUCUAUGGCACAUUUGUUUAGUUGGUUUAAAUGUGUUAUGCUAAAUAACACCAGCAGGGGAUGAGCAAUAAAACACAUUGUAUAUUGUUUAUGCAAUAUUGUUAGUUGAACAAAUAUCAGAGAAACGGGUGCGUGAUUUGCCAAAGCCCCAUGUGCCUAACAAGAAAAUGUAAUGUAUAUUUCUUUGAAUACAAUGGUACUUUCUGACUGAUGACGUUUCUAAUAACAUUUGUUUACAAUUGAAAAGUCUUAUUUGUAAGUGCUGCCUUGAAGGACCUGUGGAUGUACUCGAAUGAUUUAUGAAGGACUUUAUAUUUUAAGUUAUGUUUCAGGAACAUGCAGUAUUAUAUUUUUGCUUUACCCAUGCAGCACUGCUUUAAAUGGUAUGUGUACUUAAUGUACUGUUCUCUCAAAGACAAUCAUGUCCAGAAAGUGAAACAAUAUACCAAUAAAUACAAUAGUUUAAUAAUA